GUGUAAAAACGCACAUUUUUGUUUAGUUUUUAAAAUGUUAUGGUCCUUGGAACAGGUGGAGGGCAUGUUGGGUGUCCUCAAAACCUCAACGGACAAAACUGUUAUAUACAAAUGCCUAGUGAAGCUACGCACAGAUGUGGUCAAAGAUAAAGAUGGAAUUGUGUUGUUUCGAACUGCUGGGGGUGUUCCGGUAAUGGUUCGCCUCAUUAGCAAACUCAAUGAGAAGAUAAUGGAAGUGGUUUUGAGCAUAUUGGGCAAUUGCUGUACGGAUGAUCAGGCUUGCAUAGAGGCUGUAGAGUGUAAGGUCAUUGCCCCGUUAAUAACUAUAUUGAAGACCAUACCCAAUUCAUUGAUCCAAUGUCGCGCCUGCCGAAUGCUAGGCAACCUGGCCAAGAGCAAGAAGGCUUCGUCGUUUCUAAUUGUACACUAUAGCGCCAUAGCGCCUGCCAUUUGCCAUAUCAUUGAGUCUACAAGCGCGGUCCAAACCAGGAUAAUGGCCUUUCGCGUUUGUCGUUUUCUGUUGGUCAGCAGUCAGUUCUAUAAACACUUUUUGGUCUCAAACGGAUUUCUACAGCUAAUGCGUAUCUUUGUGGCGGUCAUGAAAAACAACGAGCUGCCCAAGGCAUCAACACAGGAUAUUGAAGUGUCCACAUUGAUUGGCCUAAAGCGUAAUCAGCAUCGUGAAAAGUAUUUCGAGGAGGUGGCACGCAAUCUGGAAGGCGUACGCAGCGAUAUUUUUGACUAUCAAAUGCUAAAGAACUCAACGCGAAACUGCGAAUACAUCCUGCCUAAGGAGCAUGAUGCCAUUGAGCUUGCCUAUGAGAUCUUGAAAUGCCUCAUGCUACUCUCUGCACAGCAGAUUGGCAUGAGAGCCUGGGAGCUACUCUCGCGAAACACUUCCCUGGCACCCAUAGUGUACUUUGUCAAAGAGGAUAGCGAGCAGCGCGCAUCGGCACUGAAGAUACUAUCUAACUUUUGCAAGGAUCCCUGCGCCUUUUAUAUGCUCAGCACGGCGGAUUCGAUUGUGGCUGCCUGUGAGCUGCUUAUGGCUGUCAAUAUGGCCAAGCCGCUAUCGGAGAGCGAGUGCCGACAUUGUGUGAAUAUUAUAUCCACGCUAUCUGCCGAUGCCUGUAGCCGUUCCAAAAUACGACGCUGUGGUGCUCUGCGCAAACUGGUGGCCAUGAUCCGAGAGUCGCAUUCACAGAGCGAACGCUCAUCUUUAUUUCACAUUCUGAACAACUUUCAAUAUGACAAUCUGAGUAUGGAGCUGUUGCUGUAUGAGGGCCUGGUGCCGAUGCUGGUGCGUGAACUAAAUGAUUAUCUGACCAGCGAUGAGGAGCAUCAUAGGCGACGCCGCGAGGAACGUAUUCAGGGCGGCAAGAAGCGCAAAUUGACCGAUCCCGCCACGCCUGAAACUCUGAGCAAGUUCUCCAAAACCCAAGAGUCAAUUAAUUCGGACUUUGAAUCGCCUAGCAGCUCGCCGCGCUCAUAUAACACCACCAGCCCGUGCAGUUCGCGCAGCAUGUCGCCCGUUUGUUCGAAUCUCUUUGCUAAUGAUGAUGAUGAGAACUAUUCACCAGCCUGCAGCGAUGAUGAUGACGAUGAGGAUGAUAGCAAGGCUAGCAAUACUAAUACGGAUACACGCGAAUCUCGCAUAGCCACGAAUCGUGCGCAGCCCGCCAAUGUCAUGGACAUACUUAAGCUCAUUGACGAGGGAACCGAAACUAUUGACGAUACCCUGUCCGAUAAGGAGGAUCUGGAGGAGCUGAGCUCCGAUGUGCCGCCCAAGCUGGCACAGCUGCGCAAUCAGGCGGGCGACACUAUUGAUGUCAUUGAGAAUUUAAUUUACCGCAUUACCCUGAUGAUUAACAAGCGGCCGGAGUUAGGAAAGCCGGAAACGCUGGAUACUCUCAUACGUGCCAUUAAUCUUUUUGGCGCCAAUAACAAUUUUGCCAAUGCGCUCACCAAUAUAUUGCUCGAAAGCCAGUUCUUUGCCCAGAUCAUCAAGCAUGGCGUUGUGCACCAGCUUUAUCAGCUGACCAAAGUGGAAGAGAUGCGCAAGGAUGGCUUUGCCUUUCUGGAGACGCUUACCAAUGUGGGUGAAUCCAACUACGGCAAGGAGGAGCUGGUGCGUCUGCUGCGUAGCGAUGCGGAUUUAAAUGCACAACAACGUGCCGCUAUAUCCGUGGCGUACAUCAUCAAAAGCCAUCGGCUGCUCUAUCAGUUCUUAUAUGAUGGUAAUGCGUUGACUCUACUCUUCGACUUGCUGCUGCGCAAAAAAAGCGACAAUUUGUAUGCGGAUGAGGCGGCGGAUGCGGUUACGGCCAUGUCACGCUUUACACUGGGCAUUAUGCUGCCCGAGUCAGAGCAGCCGGAUGGGAAUACGAACAUCUGUUUUGCCCAGUUGACUGCGUCGGCAGCGCCAUUGCAUGAAAAUUGUGACAUGCGUUUUCUGGUACCCAGCGAUCACGAUGAUGCUGAGGAUGCUGGGAAGGAUUCUGCUGGAGAGGUGGCAACGCUCACCAUUGGCUUUAACAAGCAGCUACUCUGUGAUACCAGCGAGGUCUUCAACAAGAUGCUUAACAGCAGCUUUCGCGAGGGCCACGACGGCGAGAUACAACUUCGCGAUUAUACGGCCAAUGGAUUGCGCUACUUUCUCCACCUGAUUGGUUGCCAUGCCCGGCAUCUGACCAUGCCGGACUAUGGCGCCCUGCUGCAGGCCUUCGAGAUGUCGCGCGUGUACAUAAUACCCGAUCUGGAGGCGCUGCUGCAUGAACGUUUAAUACAAUUUCUCGACGCGCACAAUUGUCAGCGUUUGCUGGAGUGGGCUUUGAAGAACUACCACGCGGAACUCACAGAGACGGCGAUUAGCUAUUAUUUAUGCGCCUCGCUGCCGGCACAGGAUAAGUUGCAGCUGUUUCGUGCGGCCGAGGAUUCGGUUUAUGCCAGCGAAUGGUUUCAGCUGCUCAACGAUGCGGUCUACGAGAGAUGCCGCAGCACAGGCUAUUAGCUAAUUUAGCUCCCUG